CAGGAGCCCGACCUCAUCCUAGAAGAUGUUGACUSUCACUGGGAGGAUGCCCAGCAGGACUGCAGCUCCAGCCACCAGGAGAUGGAGAGGCUUCCAGCUCACGGGAAGAACAAGGCCGUGGUGGAGACGCCCAGCCCCAGUGUCCGGCUGGAUAGCUCCUGGCUGGUGCAGUCCAGUGUGGAUCCGAGCAGAGGAGGCGGGAAGCAGCCCCUGAAGGCCUCAUUCCAGUCCCCAGGGUCACACCUCUGCCCGCGACCUUCGGACUCCAGCGCCAUGGCCAAGCCAGGCCAGGACAUGGAGCUGAAUCGCCUGGUCCAGGACCAGCCGCCUGGCCAGGAGGCCCCCAGGCUUGCACCCCCAAACCUGGCAGAGCACCUCCCCAAUGUGCCUAGCUACCGCCCGCCCAUCACCCGCAUCCCUGUCCUCGUCACCCGGAGAACGGCCCUGUCCAAUUCCAGCUUCGCCAAGGAGACCAGGAGCUCCAUUCRUCGCUUAGUGCCUGCCACGAAGGAGCACCCGGAGGUGCAGGUGGAAGACACCGAGGCKGACAGCCGCCCCCUCAUCGUGGAGGAGACACCGCCCCAGCAGCUGCCACCUUCGCCCGCCAAAUCCGACACCCUCACAGUCCCCGGCUCGGCCCCCGGGGCCCACAGGAAGAAACUGCCCUCUCACGAUGAUGAUGAGGCCGAAGAACUCAAGGCGCUGUCACCAGCCGAGUCCCCAGUGGUGGCCUGGUCAGACCCCACCACCCCACAGGAAGYCGAUGGCCAGGACCGUGCGGCCUCCACCGCCAGCCAGAACAGUGCCAUCAUCAACGACCGGCUGCAGGAGCUGGUGAAGCUCUUCAAGGAGCGGACGGAGAAGGUGAAGGAGAAGCUCAUUGACCCGGAUGUCACCUCCGACGAGGAGAGCCCCAAGCCCUCCCCAGCCAAGAAAGCCCCAGAGCCCGCCCCAGCCUCGAAGCCCCCGGAAGCRGAGCAGGAGGAGGAGGAGCACUAUUGUGACAUGCUCUGCUGCAAGUUCAAACGGCGCCCCUGGAAGAAGUACCAGUUCCCCCAGAGCAUCGACCCGCUGACCAACCUGAUGUACAUCCUGUGGCUGUUCUUCGUGGUGCUGGCCUGGAACUGGAACUGCUGGCUGAUUCCCGUGCGCUGGGCCUUCCCCUACCAGACGCCGGGCAACGUCCACCUCUGGCUGCUGAUGGACUACCUGUGCGACCUCAUCUACCUCCUGGACAUCGUCGUGUUCCAGAUCCGCCUGCAGUUCGUCCGAGGGGGUGACAUCAUCGUGGACAAAAAGGAGAUGCGAAACAACUACCUGAAGUCCCGCCGAUUUAAGAUGGACCUGCUGUGCCUCCUGCCCUUGGAUUUGCUCUAUUUGAAGUUGGGCAUGAACCCCCUCCUCCGCCUGCCCCGCUGCUUAAAGUACAUGGCCUUCUUCGAGUUCAACAACCGCCUGGAAGCCAUCCUCAGCAAGGCCUACGUGUACAGGGUCAUCAGGACCACAGCCUACCUGCUCUACAGCCUGCACCUCAACUCCUGCCUCUACUACUGGGCGUCGGCCUAUCAGGGAAUCGGCUCCACCCACUGGGUGUACGAYGGCGUGGGGAACAGUUACGUCCGCUGCUACUACUGGGCCGUGAAGACCCUCAUCACCAUCGGGGGGCUGCCCGACCCCCAGACCCUCUUUGAAAUUGUCUUCCAGCUCCUCAAUUAUUUCACGGGGGUCUUCGCCUUCUCCGUGAUGAUUGGACAGAUGAGAGACGUGGUGGGGGCCGCCACGGCGGGACAGACCUACUACCGCAGCUGCAUGGACAGCACCGUGAAGUACAUGAACUUCUACAGGAUCCCCAGGUCCGUGCAGAACCGGGUCAAGACCUGGUACGAGUACACCUGGCACUCGCAAGGCAUGCUGGAUGAGUCAGAGCUGAUGGUGCAGCUUCCAGACAAGAUGCGGCUGGACCUGGCCAUCGACGUGAACUACGACAUCGUCAGCAAGGUGGCRCUCUUCCAGGGCUGUGACCGGCAGAUGAUCUUUGACAUGCUGAAGAGGCUGCGCUCUGUCGUGUACCUGCCCAACGACUAYGUGUGCAAGAAGGGGGAGAUCGGCCGGGAGAUGUACAUCAUCCAGGCGGGGCAGGUGCAGGUGCUGGGGGGCCCUGACGGGAAGUCCGUGCUGGUGACCCUGARAGCUGGAUCCGUGUUUGGAGAGAUAAGCCUGCUGGCCAUCGGGGGCGGGAAUCGRCGCACGGCCAACGUGGUGGCCCACGGCUUCACCAACCUCUUCAUUUUGGAUAAGAAGGACUUGAACGAAAUUUUGGUGCAUUAUCCUGAAUCUCAGAAGUUGCUCCGGAAGAAGGCCAGGCGCAUGCUGAGGAACAACAACAAGCCCAAGGAGAAGAGCGUGCUCAUCCUGCCCCCGCGGGCGGGGACCCCGAAGCUCUUCAACGCGGCCCUCGCUGCAGCAGGGAAGAUGGGCGGCAAGGGCGGCAAGGGCGGCAAGCUGGCCCACCUCCGAGCCCGCCUCAAGGAGCUGGCUGCGCUGGAGGCCGCUGCGAGGCAGCAGCAGCUGCUGGAGCAGGCCAAGAACUCGCAAGAAGCCACAGGAGAGGGGGACGAGGCAGGCUCUGCCGCCCAGGACCAGCCCCAGGCCCCCUCGGCCCCCCCCUCGGCCCCCUCGGUGGCGCCUGCCCCUGGCCAGCCUGUGCCCCAGGAGCCCCCGGCCGCGCGCUCUGCGUCGCCUGCUUCCCCCGGGAAGCCCGAGGCAGGCGGGGAGGGAGUGGUGGGGCCCGAGGAGCGCUCGGUGCGGAUCAGCGUGAGCCCUGGUCCGGAUCCAGGCGAGCCGUCUCUGUCCAUAGAGAUGCCCGAGGAGAAGAAGGAGGCSGWGGAGUGAGUGAGGGUCGCCCGCGCCCKGUCUGGCAGGUGCACCCACCCGCCCGCUGCGCCCUGUGCAGGGUCCCCUGCGUCCGAGGACGCCUGCCGGCUUUAGUGGCCUCAGUCGAGCCAACCUUCCCAUUCCUACGACGCCUCCUGAWGGACUUGGUCUUGAAAUCAGCAAAUGUCCAUCAAAUGUCGGUGUCCCCAAGCUCCCACAGUCCCCGGACCACGCUGUGGUUUAUAUUUUAAAAGAACAAAAUCACUUUCCGCUUUUAAAGUUCAUCUGCUGAUGAUAGGAUGAAGCUCUGAGGUCUGGGAAGCUUUUGGAGAAGUCAGGUCUGGGAGUGGGAGGGCUUCUUGGGAUUCGUCCCUUUAUGUCCCCUUUAUGUCAAGGGUAAGAAACAAUGGGGGGGGGCAGCCUGCUGUCCGUGGUGAUCCUGGUCGGAACAGGGAAUGCUGUUUUCCUUGGCUGGGCAGUUAAGGGACAUUAAGGGACAUGCAGCUUAUUAGGCUGGCCCGCAUGUUCCCCGGACGACAUUCAAUUGCCUGUCUGACGCCAUUAUGUCAGAGCAGAGAAGAGGGAAACGGACUUGGUGGAAAUGGACUUAGCUUUCCCAGGUAAAGGGCAGCCCUGGGGGAGCAUCCUCAGCCUGUCACCCUGAAAAGCCCCGUUUCUCACCAGCAGGGAUCAGGCUGUCACUUGCCUUAGACACCCUUGCUGUAGAAAUGGUGGCAGCGACUUGGAUUAAUCCUCAAAAAUGUAAUCUCACAGCUGCUGACACCACUUAAAUCCCUGAAGUCUCUCCAGAUCAUGUCAUGUUUAUAUGAUUAAAAAAAAAAAGCAGGGUUAUUCAGUCCAUGAAUAUUUAUCAAGAGGAUUUCAUUUGCAUACCGAAUGGCUCUUGGGGGAGCCCAUGAUUAAAAACAAAAUCUGGUAUUGAACCAUUUGUUUCCACCAGCAACCGUGAACCCAAAGGGCUUGAAUUCCAGUAGGUUCUUCCCAUUUUAUAUCAAAUGACAGGACCUGGGGAGCCCCUGAAGGGACUUCCUGAAGGCUCCAAACUGUAGUAUUUGUCCUUUGGCUACAAACAACACUGUGACAUUUUUAAACAACUUGGGAGUUCCCAGGUGGGCCCAAGCAUUUCCAAAUCCCAGAGUGAUGAACAGAUUUAUCUCGUUGAUGUCAUGUCAUGUGACCCGGACAAUCAUUCCACUGAACGCCAUUUCACUGGUACAGCCGUUCACGACAUGGAAUGGAAUGAUGAUCGGCAUUAUUAUCCUCCUCUUUAAAGGUUUUAGUCAUUUGUUUUAGUAGGUUAAAAACAUUCACAUGGGGCUGGGGACGUAGCUCAGAUGGUAUAGAGU